AUUCCUUUAGUCCACAAAGGCAUCACGCGGCAUCACGUCAACCAUUUGGAGAUCGUCUGUUUAUUCGGAGAAAGUAGUCGUUAUACACUUAUACAGCAUUGUGUUCAAUUUUUCUUUUACAUGUUUUUGUGAAAACAACUCCUAAAAUGACGCGUUGAAACUCUUCUUUUCGAAAAUAACAAACAAACAAAACAAGUAGUUGCAUCAUAGGUAUGUUGGGUCGUUGCCACUUAUGUCUCGCACUCUCAAUAAGGUGGUUGGUUUUGAGUACCUGCGGACUUUAAUAAUUCAUGGGCAUUCUUUUUUAUAGUCCACACACUGACACGGUGCGCGGUACCUCAUGGUACCCACAAAGUUUGAGAAUUUUUUUUUUUUAUAUUGUAAACUUGUUGAAUUAAUGAGUCAUUCAACAUGAAUGGAUGGAGACGGACGUUUAAGGAAGUCGACCUCGCUUUCGUUAUAGUCGGUGAAAUAAAUAAGCGAAAGUCGUGAGCUGGUGUGUUGCGGGAAAACAGAUUCAAUUAUUUCGUGCGUACAAUAUUUUAAACUCAAAGUCGAUAGUCAUACUGGUGUUACGAAAUCACAAUUAUCCGCAAAUUUUGCUCGAAUUGAAGAAGGAUCAAGUGGUCUCCAGCCUACCGGGAAAUGCUGUUAGGUUGUUGAGUUAACUCUUUCACCAUGGGCCUUUUAUUUGUUCUUUUCAUUGCAGAACUUAGAUUGAAGCCUACUAGACGGCAUAACUAACAUUCUUUACAGUACAAAAGCACGUCGAGGAACCAGGAUGUUCUUCUGUUAUGUCAAUUCUGUCUAGAACCCUGGACGGCCACUGUUGAAAAACUGAAAUUAGAUUCACGUAAGAUCUUGAAGCUGAUUAUGUGCUGCUUUGCGGCCGCCAAUGCAACGGACAAUAAAGAGCGCCCAUCAAAAUUAAUUCAUGGCUAAUUCUCUCGAUGCUCACAGAUUCAAAAAUGUGGAGGGAACACGAAUCCUUUUGCGGAGGCGAGCAUCAGUCACCCAUCAACAUUGACUCGUCAAAAGCCGGUGUAACAAAUUAUCCCAAAUUCUGUUUCCACAACUACGAUCUGGUUUUCCCCGAAAGAUUGGAGAAAAACGGGCACACCGUGGAAUUGAAAAUUGAGGAACAAGGUCUGCACGCGGAAUUGCCUUUUAUUACCGGCGGUGGACUCACCGACCGUUACAAUUUUGUGCAACUCCACUUUCAUUGGGGUAGACAAUUAUUUGGCAGCGAGCAUACUAUCGAUAGGAAAGAAUAUGCUGGCGAACUGCACAUCGUCCACUACAACACCAAAUACGGAAAUUUUAUCGACGCUAUCCCUCAAGAAGACGGAUUGGCUGCCUUGGGAAUUCUUAUAAAAUUGACAGAUAGAGACAACCUUGCGUUCCGACAUCUCGAACAAUUCGAAAAUAUCAUCGAUCCUAGCCCAGUCAACAGCGACGUCCUGCACUUCUCUGUUCCACUAGUGGCUCUUCUUCCGCACGAUACCGACAGUUUCUACCGAUACAACGGAUCGUUGACGAGUGGCGACUGCAACGAAGACGUCAUCUGGACGGUUUUUGAUACUCCCAUCGCCAUUUCAGAACGCCAGUUGGCAAAGUUUAGAUUAUUGCAAGAUGAAAACGGCAACCCGUUGAGUGAAAACGUCCGUACAACUCAGCACCUGCACGACCGAGUUGUUUCUUACCGUCCCAAACCCAAAUUAGUGAAACCGUUAGUUUUAUUUCCAAACAUUUUCACGUCCUUCCGCAAUGUAUUUAGACCCUUUCCAAGCGCAUUCACGUUUUAUGCCGCACCGUAUCAUUAUCCGUGGAGUCGAACGCAUAACUUUAACUAUGACAAGUAGUAUCCCCUCUAUUAUAGUUUCAAAUGAAUGAGAGACUAGAUAGGGGCGUUCUAGUUGUGGUAUAAUAGAUGUACAUCACGAACGUGCAACACGAAAACAAUUAAAUGUUGCUCAUUUCCUGACAUCCAAAAUGCCAGAAAAAAAAACCUAUCUAUUAACAUUUAUUUCCUGGGUCUUUCAGUGCGUCUGUGUGAAUUGGAAAUCGAAAAAAUGUCAGUGACAAUGGGUUGCAAAUGGUUUAGAUUUCCCAACGAUAACAUAACCUAUCGGAAUGGCAAUGCGCACCUUUAUUCAAGGUUAUAAUAGUAUCAAGCGUGUAGAUUGUUUGUGUACAUGUCACGCGCUAAUGGAAUAUCACACGGUAUACAGUUGCCCAUUCUUUCAGCCGAGUAUAGACUCAGGGUUAAACACUACCUAGUGUUUUACAAUUUUCAUGAUCAACCGCACACUUAACAUGUCGUAAUAGCGUGCACGCCAGUUGGGCUAUUUGAUUUCUAACCAUUUCUGGUGACUUCAAGGGUUUGGAUCAAAGCCCGUUGGUUUUUUUUUUUAUGGAUUUUUAAAUCUCCACUGAUUAUGCAAUACGUAUUUGU